CAGCGCUGAAAAAUCACAGACUGACUUUACCGGAGCGAAAAGAGAAAACUUACAGAGAAGGGAAAAAAAGCGGUUCAAUUAGUGUAGAUGGAGGAGGAAGUUGGAGGUGUGUAAUGGGUUAACGGAGGAAGGCCUCGCCUCACCUUUAGUGUUUAGUGCGCGUCACCCGACUCCGUGAAGUGGUCCAACCAUCCAAACUAAAGUGGUCGCAUCGCCUCCUCUCGCCGUCGCCAGACGCGCACCGUCGCCUCGUGUCGGUCUCCGCCCGCCGCUCCAUCACCACACACACACACACACUCACACACUCAGUGAGAAUAAUCUACCGGAACCAUGAAGGACCGCAUGCAAGAACUUAAACACGGGAAGGAAACGACAGAGGAGGAGGAUGAAGUUGCCGUGGGGAUGGACAAAGGAUUCAUGGACGAAUUCUUUGAACAGGUGGAGGAGAUCCGGGGUUUCAUCGAGUCUCUGGCAGAGAAAGUGGAAGAGGUGAAACGGAAGCACAGCGCCAUCCUUGCCUCCCCUAACCCAGAUGAGAAAACUAAGGCUGACCUGGAGGAUCUCAUGGCAGAUAUCAAGAAGUUGGCCAACAAAAUACGCUCCAAAUUAAAGAGUAUCCAGCAAACCAUUGAGCAAGAAGAAAGCCAGAACAAGUCAACAGCUGACCUGAGAAUACGCAAGACACAGCACUCCACGCUCUCCCGCAAGUUUGUCGAGGUGAUGUCAGAAUACAACACCACCCAGUCAGACUACAGGGAGCGCUGCAAGGGACGUAUUCAGAGACAGCUGGAGAUCACUGGGAGAAACACAACAAACGAGGAGCUGGAGAGCAUGUUGGAGAGUGACAACCCAGCCAUCUUCACCUCGGGGAUCAUAAUGGACAACAUCACCGAGCAAGCUAUGAACGAGAUUGAGACGCGGCACACUGAGAUCAUCAAGCUGGAAAACAGUAUCCGAGAGCUUCACGACAUGUUCAUGGACAUGGCCAUGCUGGUGGAGAGCCAGGGUGCACUGGUGAACAACAUUGAGCGAAGUGUGCUGAACGCCCAUGAUUAUGUGGAGAAGGCAAAGGAUAACCUACCAAAAUGCAAAAAGUUCAAAAAGACCAGCAGGCGGAAGGUGAUCCUGAUAGGAGGUUGUAUUGCAGCAUGUCUGACGGUGCUCAUUAUUUCCCUGGCAGUUGGACUCGGAUGAGACCCUCAGAAAUCUGUACAGAGCAGACGGGGCAUUAGGGGAAGCCUCUCUCCCAGGGUCAUAUGGAAAAAUGUUCUGUAUAGUGCUCGUUGAGUAGAAACCAGCACUUAUUGUCCUGAAGACAGUCCAAUGUGUCUUUGUACGAUCAAAUAUUUUACACUAACUCUGACCUUCCUUUUUUUAUAUAUACUUCUUCUAAACAUAAUAGUUGAAGUCCGUUGUGCUCUGCGUUUGUGUCCUGAUCCACAUACGCUACCUUUGUUGUGUGCAUGUUCUUUGCAUGUUUUUCUACAAAGCUGCAAAUAUGUGGUUAUGUUCAUUGAUAAUCCAAAUAAAAAACCUCUGAAUAUAUGUUAAAUAUGUGAAUGAUUACGUUUCUGCCAUGUGGGAAAAUACUGUAUGUUAUUUAAUGUAUUACUGAAUAAAAGAAUUGCGGGAACAAAAGAUGUAUUGUUCCCUCUCAGGGAACUCGAGCUGCGUAAAAACGCUGUGGGAACGCCUCUGCGUGACCGCCUCUGCGUGACCGCGUCAUGAAGCACGUGUGAAAUCUAACCAAUGGCGUGCUGGUACGACCAGGGCGCUAUAAAGGGACCCGAAAGGCAGGACCAUUCAUCUCUGUGCCUUCAUCUAGUGCGUGUGAAGUUUUUCCUAGUGUUAUGGCUGAGCGGUUUGUCCAGUGUGUCCCCCCGCGUUUCAUUACGGGCAGUGACUUGCACGCCUUGUGUGUUAUCUGCCUGGGCGUGGAGCACGCUCAGCCCUUGAGGGGGCUAGCUGUGCAGACUGUGAGCACCUGUCAUGGCACUCCCGUCGAGCCCUCUUCGCUGAGGACGGCUCGAUGAGGCGCGCUCCCCGGGGCUCCGGUCUAGCUCGUGCUGAGGCAGCCGUGGACUGGUUUGUCACGGUAGAUCUUCAGAUCUUCAAUAUUCCCAUCCUCCCACGACACAGGAAGUUCCUGAGGUUUGCUUUUGGGGACAAAGCUUGCCAAAACCGGGCUCUUCCGUUCGGCCUAGCCCUCUCACCCUGUACGUUUACCAAAUGCGUGGACACUGCUCUGGCACCAUUGCGUCUCCAGGGCAUCCGCAUUUUGAACUACAUAGACGACUGGUUGAUUAUAGCGCCAUCCGAGCGGCUGGCGGCCCAACAUCGAGGUGUUGAGCUUGCCCACAUCAACCGUCUGGGGCUGAGACUCAACACCAGGAAAAGCGUGCUGUCCCCAGUGCAUAGGACCACCUUCCUGGCCGUUGUUUGGGAUUUGACCACGACGCGGGCACAUCUGUCUCCCGCUCGAGUAGUUUCGAUCCUCUCUGCAGUCAAGCAGGCCAAGCUAGGCCAGCCACUCACUGUGAAACAGUUUUAGGUCUCCUGGCAGCGGCAUCCUACGCGAUCCUUUGCGGCCCGUUACACUUGAGACCGUUGCAGUGGUGGCUCAGGGCCACGGGGUUCUUCCCGAGGGGAAACCGGCGCCGUCUGAUCAAGGUCACUCGCCGUUGCCUGCAGGCUCUGGCCAUAUGGGGGCAGACGCCCUGUCGAGACAGGGACCGAGGCCCGGGGACUGGAGACUCCACCCCGAGGUGGUGGAGCACCUGUGGAAAGGCGGUCUUACCGAGUUAGACCUGUUUGCCUUCAGAGAGACCACUCACUGUCCUCUGUGUUUCUCCCUCGCGUGAGAUGCAGUGCAGGUGCAGGCAUGGCCGAGGUCAUGUCUAUUUCCGUGGUUCUGGUUUCAUGGCUAUUUCAUGGCCUACUGCUAGUCGCCCCGCUCCGGCCGGCCCUAGUAUGGUUCGUAUGGACCUUUUGUCGCUCCUCGCAGGUCCUCCGUUGGAGACUCCCAUCAGGGUGGACCUGCUGUCUCAGGCGUCGGGGUUCAUCGUUCACCCUCGCCUCGAGCUAUGGAAACCAUCGGCGUGGCCCUCGAGGGGACCCGCCUCUUAGGAGCCGGUCUCUCGGCCGAGGUCGUGGAGACCAUCCUCCACUACAGAGCCCCCGCCACGAGGAAGGCGUAUGCCGGUAGAUGGAAGCUCUUGGUGUGGGCAACGACAGCUGGACCCAGUUAACUGCCCUGUCGGUUCAGUACUGGAGUUCCUGCAGGAGCGUUUUGCCACAGGUUUAUCUCCGUCCACCAUCAAGGUAUAUGUGGCGGCCCUGUCGGCAUCCCAUGCCCCACUAGACGGGCGCUCUCUGGGGAGACACCCACUAGUGUCCCGCUUCCUUCGUGGCCCCCUGAGGAUUUCUGUCCUCCCCCGUUCCUGACGUCGGACCAGGCGAAGCUUAACCUCCUCUGCCCAGUCAGAGCCCUACACCUGUACGUCCGCAGGACCGCCCUGUGUAGGCUCUCCGAACAGCUGUUUGUGUGCUUCGGGCCCCCCAAUACUGGUGGCCCGGUGACUAAGCAGCGGAUGAGCAAGUGGGUGGUUGAGGCCAUCACACUUGCUUAUGAUUCGGCCGGCCAGCCCGCACCUUCGGCUGUCCAGGCCCAUUCUACCAGGGGUAUGGCGGCUUCUAAAGCCCUGUUGUCGGGAAAAGUAUCGCUACACGACGUUUGCAUGGCGGCAGGCUGGUCCUCUCCCCACACGUUCGUGAGGUUUUACCGCCUUGACCUUAACUCUCGUCUAAGUGUGCGUCUUAACUUCACACCACGGUCACUUGCUCAUAUGGUGAGUGGGUAUUGGGUUCCCACAGCGUUUUUACGCAGCUCGAGUUCCCUGAUAGGGAACGUCUCUCGGUUACGUAUGUAACUUUCGUUCCCUGAAGGGAACGAGACGCUGCGUAAACUUUGCCAUACUCCCGGCUUGCCCGUGGCACUUGAUUCGGCCUUUCAGAGAUGAAUGGUCCUGCCUUUCGGGUCCCUUUAUAGCGCCCUGGUCCCGGCGUCGCCCGCCUAUGACGUACCAGCUUGCCAUUGGUUAGAUUUCACACGUGCUUUAUGACGUGGUCACGCAGAGGCGUUCCCACAGCGUUUUUACGCAGCGUCUACAUACGUAACCGAGAGACGUUUUAAAGUAAAGGUCGUGCAAAUGCUUCCAAACCACUCACACUGUGGCAACAUAAUCAGAUACUUUAAAAACAAACAGUAUUCAUCCAAACUGCAUUGCUUUCAUCCAAACUGCAUUGCUUACUUCUGCUUUUCGUACAAACUUCUAUUUGUCCUGAUCACUUUAACUUAAGUGUUAAAGCAAUACCUUAAAACAUGUUCUUCUCUUCUCCCAAUGUGCUGCCACGGAUUACUGUUGAUCUGCAAUUGUUGACACUUGACAGAAGAAAAUAAUGAUUAUUAUAUGCUGUGUGGUUUUGGGAAUUGUCAUCGCUUCCAUAGUUGGGGGAACGCUGGCCUGAACCUGAAUGCAAGGUCACAACACAUGUCGAACAGCCACACAAACAACGGAGCAAAAACACAACAGAUUCACAUUUUCUGUUCUCGUGAGUGCGACCCAUUACAUGCGUGACACGCGCUUCAUUACACGCAGAACGGCCAGAGGUGUUUUCGCAUGAGUUGCUAUUCGGUAAAUGUGUGGUGCUGCAAACUGUUUAUCUGAGUGUUGAGUGUUGUCAACGAUAUGAUGUUUCAAAAAAGGUGAACUCCUGAAUGAAAACAAGUUACUAUAUGAAAUGUAAUGUUAUACUAAUACAUUCCAGCUUCCAAAUAUAACUCACAUAUUCAAAUGUAAUGUCUAUUUUGUGUUGUAUAGUUAAAGUGACAGGCCACUGGUCUGCAGUGGUUUUUAAAAGCAGAGUUUCUUAUUUAAAUUUGAUUUAUCUCAUCUUUUCUUUUCACGUUCUCUCUAUAAAGUCCUCGACCUCCCUUCAGAAGCCCUGCAUGGUUUAGUUCCCUGUAUAUUGGUGUUUUGUUUUCUAUCUCAAUGGGGAGAACAGUUGGAUUGUUUUGCUCACAUUCAUUGCACUGCCAAACGUUUCCUUGUGGUUUACAGUCACAGUUCUGCUGUAAUUUACUUCAUCUGGCCUUACCGGUUUGGCAGCAUUUCUAACCGGUGCUCUGUGCGUGAGCGUAUGAAAGUGAAGGAGAAAAUACGUGUGCUCAUCCGUAGCUUCAUGUUUCAACCUGCCGUGUGCGAGUCGUAUGAUGACAACGUGACUGUGUUAUUAGCCACCUGUGUCUUUGUUUUGUAUGAAGUGUAAAUUGAAAAAGCUCUCUAUCACUGCCAGUAUGUUCAAAUAAGCUGUUAAAAUAGAGUCUAGUCUGGAUUGAUUAUUCUAGGUCUUUAAGUGACAUAUUCUUGUUUUAUGUAUUUUUACAAACAGAACAUACCCUUCGGUCAAACAACUUUACUGUUUAUUUUUAUGAGUAAACAUCAUGAAGAGACUUUUUUCGGUCUUCUGGCGACACAUCAGACAAGCAGAGACUGCAAACACGUUACCAUGUUUCCAGCUGAACUCCUUGCCUUUGUGUUGUAUUGUGAUGACAUUUUAUUUGAGCUUGUUUUUGUUCAGUUCUCUUAGUAAAGUUUGUCUGAAAAAUCC